AUGAUUAAGCGUCGAAUAAAUUUGGAUAUUAGGCAUUUUAUACACAGAAGUGCAGAUUACGAUAACUGGCCGUGUGUGUUAUUCGCAAUGGCAGGUGGAGUAGUCCUCAUUAUCGGAAAUCUAUCCACGCAAUAUGCUUGGGCAUUAGUAGGGUUAUCAGUGGUAGAGGUGGUAGUUUGUAGCAUCACUGUUGUAAUAGGCACCACAUUGAACUAUUUCCUGGAUGACAAAAUUGACAAGGCUGCAGUUCUUUUCCCCGGUGUAGCGUGUUUUCUGAUUGCUGUUAUUUUAGGCUCAUUUGUUCACUCAUCUAAUGCCUCUGAUAACAAGAAGAAACUGAGGCAUUUGUCAGCUGGUUUUGAAGAUAAAGCAGAUUGCAAGGAUGCUUCAAUGGAUCCUGAAAAGGGAAAAGAAGCUAAUGUAGAGGCACAAUUUGGGAGUGCAGAAUUCCUCAUCGAACUAGAAAAUAAGAGAUCCAUAAAGGUGUUUGAUAGAAGCAUCUGGCUUGGACUUGCUAUAACUUUCUUUUCAGGAGUCUGCAUCUCUCUAUUCUCACCAGCACUGAAUAUAGCAACAAAUGACCAGUUCCAUCUGCUAAAGAAAGGGGUUCCACAUUUGGUGGUUUACACUGCAUUUUUCUACUUCACGGUCUCUAGUUUCGUGGUUUCUGUUGUUCUUAACAUCAUAUUCCUAUACCACCCUAUCUUAAAAUUGCCAAAGUCAUCGUUUAAGGCCUACCUGGCAGACUCGAAAGGAAGAGGGUGGGCUUUACUUGCAGGGCUUCUCUGUGGUUUUGGGAAUGGCCUUCAGUUCAUGGGAGGUCAGGCUGCUGGUUAUGCUGCAGCUGAUUCUGUUGAGGCACUUCCUCUGGUGAGCACCUUUUGGGCUAUACUAUUAUUCGGCGAGUACAGAAAAUCUUCAAGAAAAACAUAUACAUUGCCAGUUAGCAUGUUGUUGAUGUUUGUUGUGGCUGUUGGUGUCCUCAUGGCAUCUUCAGGACAUAGGAAAUAAUUUAGCUUCGAAAUAUUGUACAAGUACAUACUUGUAUAUAUUAGGCCAGGCCUUCUGAAUGCAGAAGUACUGAUUUAUGUUAAGCACUGUCUGAAACAUUUCAAGUCUAAAGUAAUAAGUUUAAAAUUGAUAAAUUAAGGUAAAAAAAAAAUGAGAUCUUACCCUUGGGGUUUAUCAGAUCCAAAAAUAAUGCAUAGCCUCUAUUAUUAAAAUUAAUUUUUUGAUUCAUCAAACUUAAAUUUUUUUAUGUAAUAACAAACUUGAUAACUUAAAAUUGAUUUUGACACUCCUUAAUUUAGUUGUUCAAAGUCGUAACAACUUAACUACAAGUCUUACAAAUAAAAAAAAUAAAAAAACCAACACUAUUAGGUUUGUAUUUAAUACUACCUUUAUUAAACAAGUCAUGCUGACAUUAUAGAUUGACACAUGUCAUUUUCGCCUAAACUAUUUAUGCCCAUCAUCCUUUUUUAU